GUUAACUUGCUGCUACUGUUUCACGUGUUUGUUUGCAGUACAUCUAGUUCAUAGUUUUUCGUCAUAUUAACGUUUAUUGAGGCCUUUGUCUAAAGUCGUCUUUAAUAUAUUUGUAAAGCAAUUGCUGGACAAAAUGUUGGACAAGUAAAAGAGUUUUAGUUUAUUGGAGAUUUGAAUUGAUGCGUAAAAUUGCUAUGAUUUGUACCUAUUAUAACAAACGUUAAUGCUAGCUUGCUAGCAGUUAACUCACACCUGUGCUACAAAGUUAACGUUAGCUGGUAUGCCCAGCACUUCCCAAACUAUUGGUAACUAAAGUUAAGCAAUUUGUGUGUGCUCGUUUAGUUUAACAGAAAGUGAUCAUGGCCACUGAUCCUCUACUGAGGGGCAAAAAAGUACCCGAGGAUGCAGUGCAGUAUUCCUUAUUUCUUAUCAAGUCUGAUUUGACAGAUGCCCAAGCCAACAAAAGAAAGUUACUGGAUUUAAAGGAACAAAUCUUCACCGGGUUUGCCAAUCUUUUAGUGCAAUAUAUUUGGCAAAACCAGCCGUUCAGUCUGACAUUUCACCCCGAAACAGGUUCUGUGCCAGCGCAUAUUGGAGGCUGCACAGAGUUUGGUGAUAAUGUGGAAGAUGAGUGGUUCAUCGUAUACCUGCUUCAGCAAAUCACAAAGACCUUUCCAGACCUGGCAGCCAAGGUGGGAGAUAAUGAUGGGGAGUUCCUUCUGAUUGAAGCAGCAGACUAUUUGCCGAAGUGGUUGAACCCAGAGAACAGUGAAAAUAGGGUGUUCUUCUGUAGGGGACUGUUGCAUAUCAUACCUUGCCCGUCAAAGUCUGGUGAAGUGGGUUUGUCCAGAGAUAAGGUGCCCACCUUAAGCCAGGCUCUUGCUCUCCUGUCCUCUGAUGGUGAAGCCUGCUUAGCCAGUUCUAAGAUCCGCUCAGUUCUUGGGAAGAGAUUAGACAGUUACCCUGAUAAGAUCCACAUGGAUAUUCAUCAAGCCCACUGUUUCGUGCCAGCUGGGGUUGUCACUGUGCUUUCCCAGAGACCCGACCUGCUUGCCCCUGCCGUGUCUGCAUUCUACUUACGAGAUCCAGUGGACCUCCAAGCCUGCCGCACCUUCCGGACAUUUCCACCUGAGACAAGGGUCCUUACCUCGGUGACUUUCACACGAUGUCUGUAUGCUCAGCUCCGGCAGCAGACUUUUAAGCCGGACCGCCGAAGUGGCUACUGCCUGCCUCCUUGUACCCACCCCCAUUACCAAGCCCAUGAGCUGGGCAUGAAGCUGGCCCAUGGGUUUGAGAUCCUGUGCUCCAAGUGUAGAGUGCCCUCCUCUGAGCCAGAUGCUCCAGUCAGCUGCAACCCACAGUGGAAAAGCUUCCUGGAGAGUCUCAAAAGGAACGAGUACUUCAGAGGGGAACUAGAGGGUUCUAAACGCUACAAAGAACUGAUGGCAUCAGCAGAAAAUGUCUUCAAACAGUCAUUCCUGAGCACACCAAACUCAUGUGUGAAGUCUCCAGGCGAGGAGGUUCUGCACAUCCUACGGAGCUUCCCUUAUGAUCUGGAAGAACUCAAAAAGCAAGAGGAACACCUCCCACCUCAAGACAGUGACAGCUGGCUUGACCUCACCCCUCAAGACCUGGAGCAGAUCCUGCAGGAGAGAGCUGGCCGUGGCGUGAGCGGGGGCUUGGGCAGGACGGAGGCCCAGAGCAGAACCCAGCCCGGAGAGAGAGGGUCAGCUGGGGCAGAGGAAGAGGCUGAGCAGGAGGCCGGCUACAGCCUAGUUGCAGUCACUCAGGGGAUGAAGAACUUCAUCAAUACCAUGUCCUCAUACGAAGGAGCAGAACUACCCUGGUCUCAGUCUAAUGAACCCUUUAGCUUUGAUGCGGACACUGUGACAAGUGCUCUGGACAGACUCCUCGGAGCCAAGGAUGAUGAAUUGGACUCCGAUGAUUUGGAGGAUGAUGAUGAUGAUGAUGAUGAGGAAGAGGAGGAGGCUCUUGGCUUCUCUGGUCCUCCAAAGCAGUCUGGAGCUGAAGCCCUUAACAGUCUGAAGAGCUACAUGGACCAAAUGGACCAAGAACUCGGAGGCACAAACAUCGGAAAGAGUUUCGUGCAGUCUGAAAAAGAAGCAAACUCAUCUGAAACCUCCAAAGCUCAUCCCAGCACUGAACAGGAAGAUGAGAUUCAACCUCUGGAUGUGGACCUUAACCUGGUCACCAAUUUACUAGAGUCCCUGGCUUCACAGGAAGGCUUAGCAGGGCCUGCAUCAAACCUGUUGCAGAGCUUGGGCAUCCAUCUUCCAGCAAAUUCAGACCAACCCUGAUUUUGGAUGACUUGCUCAAAUGUCACAGUUCUCCCAAAGUCAACCAGAUGUGUUGUCCAUGUCUGUCAGCAGAAAGCACUCAAUGUAACCAAGCACUUACACAUGGACUGCUGAGCGAACAAAAGCUAACAGCAGAUCUAGCACUAAAGCAGGUCUGCCUCAUGAGGCCUCCAUCAUGUUUCUCACAAUGAACACCAUGCUUCCCUUAUAAGCUGUAGGAGAAUGAACAAACAACUGUGACAAAUAAGUCAGAGUGGUGCUGUUCUAUUUCACAUCAACUCAGUACAUUGAUUCUUGUGAACCAAAACCGCUGCAAUUUAGAUCUUGGUCUUCUACUGUUUUCUGUACAGUCUGACAAGUAUAAUAAAUAAAUUAUUUUACACUGUA